CAUUUCCCUCUUCUGCUGCCAGCGAUGGCGUCUGCUGAUGUGAGACAGGAGCUGGACUGUUCCAUCUGCCUGAGCAUUUAUACAGAUCCUGUAACCCUGAGAUGUGGCCACAACUUCUGCCGGGUCUGCAUUGAUCGUGUGCUGGAUACACAGGAGGGGUCUGGAGCUUAUACUUGUCCAGAAUGCAGAGCAACGUUCAGAAGACGUCCUGCACUGAUACGGAGCAUAACGCUGUGUAACAUAGUGGGGAGAUUCCUGUCUACUUGGCCAGAUCAGGAGGAGACUGGGAUCUUCUGCACUUACUGUAUUCACUCUCCUGUACCUGCUGCUAAAUCCUGUCUGCUGUGUGAGGCUUCUCUGUGUGAUAAACACCUGAGAGUACACAGCAAGUCAGCAGAACACGUCUUAUGUCAUCCCACCACUGCCCUGGGGAACAGGAAGUGCUCCAUCCAUAAGGAACUCUUCAGAUAUUACUGCACUGAGGAUGCUGCCUGUAUCUGUGUGUACUGUUCAACUGGAGAACAUCGGGGACAUCUUGUUGAGUCACUGGAUGAUGCUUCUGAGAAAAAAAAGGAGAAGCUGAGGAAUGUUCUUCAGAAACUGACCACAAAGAGAACGGAGACUGAGAAAAGAGUCCAGAGUCUGCAGGAGCGCAGGAGAGAAGAUCAGGGAAAAGCCGCAGGUGUAACAGAGACAGUCACUGCCUUGUUUAGAGACAUCAGGAGACAGCUGGAAGACCUGGAGAAGAGAGUCCUGAGUGAGAUCUCCAGGCAGGAACAGCGCGUUUUACUCUCAGUCUCUGAUCUGAUCCAGCAGCUGGAAAUAAAGAAGGACGAGAUGUCCAGGAAGAUGCGUCACAUUGAGGAGCUGUGUAACAUGUCUGAUCCAGUGACUGUCUUACAGGAACCAGACACAGGUGACUUGUGUGAUACUGAGGACACAGAGAGACAUGAUAUCCAGGUCCGUGGUGCAGGAGAUCUGGAUGUGGGUCUCAUCUCAGGGACAUUACACACAUUAUCUGACAUAAUAACAGGUAUAAAUACAGGGAUCUAUGUGCAGGAAUAUACAGACCUAUUACUGGAUAUAGCCACAGCUGGUGAUAAUAUACUGAUAUCAGGUGACAGGAAAACUGCAUCCAGGUCAGAUAUAAACCAGAAUCACCCGGUAACACCAGAGAGAUUUGAGGGUAAUCAGGUAAUAAGCAUCAGGAGAUUCUCCUCAGGCCGACAUUACUGGGAGGUGGAUGUCAGUAAGUCAGUGUGGUGGGGAGUGGGGAUGUGUUAUCCCAGUAUAGACAGGAGAGGAGAUCCAUCAUACAUUGGAUAUAAUAACAAGUCCUGGUGUGUGUAUAGGUGUAAUGAUCAGUACUCAGUGAUACAUGACAGUACAGUGAUCCGGUUACCUGACAAUAUCCCCUGUGACAGAGUGAGGGUAUAUCUGGAUCAUGGGGCAGGACAGCUGUCCUUUUAUUCUAUAUGUGACCCCAUCAGACACUUACACACCUACACUGCCGUCCUCACUGAGCCCCUCCAUGCUGCAUUAUGGUUAGAUGACAGGAGUAUAACUAUAUCUGGGGGAGUCAGGAGCUGGGAGAAAUUACCAUAAUAAAUCCGCACAGAGACUGGUGACAUCACAGUGAGGGAAUCUGAUUGGUAGAGCAGUCAGCCUAGGGCUGGCCAUCAAAGGUGAUGAAUUUUGAGUUUUAUUGGAAAAAUUUACCUUUACUGGGCUAAUGGGCAAGAACACUAAGGGGCCCAUUUAUCAUUAAAUAUUUGCAGUUUAUUCCCUGAAAAACCUCAACCGCAAUGGCCGCUAUGAAUGCGUAGUCAGCGGAACCACGCAUGAAUGUGAGUCUUGCUACCACAAAGAGCACAUCACAGGGCGCUCGUAUUGCUCCCAGAUCACACACAUAUGUACAUACAGUAUUAAACAGUUAUUUUAUGCUUACGUAAUCUUUUAGGAAAUGUUACUUUACAUAUUAAAACUAUAUUUCUCUUAUGUCCUAGAGCUCAGGUUCUCAAACUCGGUCCUCAGGACCCCACACAGUGCAUGUUUUGCAGGUCUCCUCACAAAAUCACAAGUGAAAUAAUUAGCUCCACCUGUGGACCUUUUAAAAUGUGUCUGUGAGUAAUU